UUCGCUGCUCGUUCCGCACCCCGCGCCGGGCCCCGCCGCCCUGGACCGCAGGAGGAUAGUAUUGUGUUUAAAAUGGAAGUUGACAUAAAUGGAGAGUCCAGAACUACCCUAUCCACCCUCCCUGUGCCUCUUGCAGAAGUGAGUCCCACGGGCAGGAUGGAAGCAGAGAAGCCCCGCUGUUCCAGUACCCCCUGCUCACCAAUGCGACGGACGGUUGCAGGUUAUCAGAUCCUUCACAUGGAUUCUAACUACCUGGUUGGCUUCACGACUGGAGAGGAGCUGCUAAAAUUAGCCCAGAAGUGUACAGGAAGUGAAGAGAAUAAAGGGGAAUCUGGGCCAAAUUUGCGCUCCAAACAGCUUGAUUCAGGACUUGCACGUUCCUCCCGUUUGUACAAAGCUAGAAGUAGGUAUUAUCAGCCAUAUGAGAUCCCAGCAGUAAAUGGACGGAGGAGGAGACGGAUGCCCAGCUCAGGGGAUAAAUGCACUAAGGCUUUACCAUAUGAACCUUACAAAGCACUUCAUGGUCACCUGCCUCUUUGCCUUUUAAAAGGUAAAAGGGCUCACUCAAAAUCCCUGGACUACCUGAAUUUAGACAAAAUGAACAUUAAGGAACCUGCUGACACAGAAGUGCUACAAUACCAGCUCCAACACCUUACCCUUAGAGGGGACCGUAUGUUUGCAAGAAAUAACACAUGAGCUAUCAUCUCAAAUUUAGAACCAAUUUCUGAUUAUUUCUCUGUUGCUGCAAAAAUCCACUGUUGUGCUGUGUUCAUGACUGUCCACAUUGUAGGUGGUUGUAUCAGCUAAAUGUUAUCAGAAAGUAAUUUAUUUGAAUAGAAUCUUGGCAAUGCAAUAUGUCACAAAUACUCAGAGGGAGAGAUCUUUCCUAAGCAAGCAGCUUCUGAUGCAAAUUUGACUGAAACUGGUGGAUAUUUCUUUGGACACCUUUUAACAAAAAAAAAAAAAAGAAAAGCUUUUGAUUUUUGGGUUUGGGAUUUUUUUUUUUGUAUAGUUAGAUCUAGUAUUUACAGUAAUUUAACACUGAAAAAUUGGUGAUGUCUGGUUGGUUGUUGCUAAUUUUGGCUUGAUGUUAGAAACUGCUCUUGGAUAAGUAGUCAAGUUUAGGAGGUUUUUUCGUUUUACUUUGUUCCUGUAUUCUACAGUAAAAUGUAUGUAUUAUUUUUUUACAUCAUGGAGAGGAAAGUGAGCUUGGCUAGACUGGAUCACUUGCUAUUUAAACAAUCCAGUUCAAACAUUUGCGAACUGUGCUUGCACUGUGUGAUGAGGGUGAGAUUCACUCAUAAAACAAACCUUUGCUACUUGAAUCCUAUUAAAUUAUUUUUUAAUUUCUGCAUGGAAGUAAUUGCUUUGCCUCCUCUGUUCUAUAAAACUUGUUCAGGAUAAGUAUUUGGGUUAUUAUAAACAAAUCUUUCUGGGAAAGAAGAUUUUUUUUUUUUUGUUAGUGGGGUUUAUUUUUUACAUUGUCUUGACACACACACAAGGAUUCACUUCAGAUUCCAGUAAAUACCCUGGAAUGUCUGCAUUGUUAUGUCAAUAAUGUUUCUUAUUUUAAUUCAUGAUUUCUGUAUCAUGUAUAGUAACAGAAGGUGUCAAAUAGCUUCAGCAUUGCUUCAGAAAGUUAGUUGAUUUGGUGCACAUGAGAUCUAGAAGGCUGAUUUCUUUUGAUGGAGUGCAAGUGAAGUAUUUCUGUAUCAGCAUUGAAGAGAUGACCCUGGAUUACUCAACAGAAUAGAUUGAAUACACUGGCUUACUUUGUUACUUAAGAAUUUUUUAUCCAAACAUGACAUCAGCUGCAGUUUUGAUAGCUGUAUUCCUAGAUGUAUUUAAAACAUUUUUCUUUUUUAAACAUGAGUUACCAAAAUAGUUUUCAGACUUUUUUUUAGGUGCAACCUUUUUCUGAAGCUGUGUGCAGAUUGGUUUUGGCUGAUGACCUCUGCAGAAGACGUUAAAAAUAAGAUCACAUUGUUUUGAAACAUAAAUUAUUUGAUCAAUUGUUUGUGGUAGAAUUAAGAUUUUUUUAUUAUUAUUAUUUUGUUGUUUGUUUAUCAUUCAGAAUGAAUAGAAAGCACUAGUUAGUGUAUGCACUGUGGUAAAUGAAGAGGAGUUCUCAUUCUGUCACUUACUCCACAGUUGUAAGUGAAGAUGGCCCAGUAGUCUGCAUUUUGCUGGUUUGGUUAUCUUUUUUUAGGUUUAUUAGAAUCUUUGCAACAAACCGAUGUGUAUUUUUAAAAGUUAACUACACCUGUGUAAAUCUAAUGUAUUGAACAAUGAUCUUGAAAGUAAAAUCUUCCUAUAUAGUCUCUAGUUUGAAAAACAGAAUAUGGUCAGAUGCCAAAGAGAUGGGGGUUUUGUUUAAGGAGUAAACACCAUUUAUUGAAAUACCCUAUGAAACUGUAUUUCUGGCUAAAAAAUAAAAA